GAUUCUGAAACACGGAAGCAGACGAAUUAAUGUGCUUUUUCACCCACUUCCGGGAUCUCAUGUGAUUGUUGUUUUCUGUGCUGUGACGGUUGUGCGGUGGAAUGGCAAGUGACAAAUACCAGAUAGUGGUCCAAGGAGAGGCGUCAGAGACCGACUCAGAUGAUGAGGUAUACAUCACCUCCCUGACUCCCCAUUCACCAGCUGGAGGGCAAAAGGUACAAGGAGAAGCGUCCGAGACUGACAGUGAGGGGGAGGUUGAGAAAUCACGGGAAUCGGUCAUUACAGCAAGCUCUGAAAACCCACAUAUAUUGCGCAAGGAUUUGCCUCCUUUGAUUGUAAUCCGAGAUAACCCUGACAUUCAUUCAGUGGUAGAGAGGGUAGUGUCUAGACCUGAGCACAGUAGUCUGUACUACAACACCUUACUACAGCAGAAAUUACAGGAGAGUAAUGCACGUCUCUGCACAGAUGUUUCCCAGACAGUCAAACAGGUUUAUGGUAAUGCAAGCAAAGAGAUCCGCUUGGCCACCACCCAUCUGAACAGCUCCCAGAACGGUAUAAUCAAUGCUUCCCACAGCAUCCGACUGAUCCUUGAGGACCUUAAGUCUGUCUCAGAGAAAAUGGAUAUUAUCACCAGUUGUUACCUGCUCCCUGACAUCAACAUUACAAGCCCGGUUCCUGGACAAUGAUUCCCCUUUGUGUCAUGACAUUCCAUGGGUUCUUUAUUUUGAUGUAUGCUACAAAAUGGACUAUAAUAUAUUAUUUGUAAUAGGCACUGGCAUUCAUUUAAUAAAUUAUGUAUGAAAUUAACAAUAUUCUGCUCCCUGUUAAUAUGAAAAAAAUCACAUUACUUUUUGCUGGGGUCAUACAAGAUGCUCGCUGGUGUCAGAUUCUAGCAUUUGGCUGUUCUAUUGUAUGUUGCCAUAUGACAUGCACCAAACCCUGUCGGCUUAGCGCACAGCCCACGGUUAUGGUGUCAGCAAAGCACUGUAAGUGAUGGAAUCGCUUUGGUAAUUGUUUCAUAUAUAUGGGUCAUGGCUUUUCUGGUUCUGGAGGGCCAGCAGCAAUUCUGGGUUGAUACAUAUCAAUAUUGGUUGAGAGAAUACAACAUGUGCAAACCUGUUGUCAAGGCAUGGGUGGCUACUUUGAAGAAUCUACAAUAUGAAAUGUAUGUUGAUCUGUUUAACACUUUUUUUUGGUUGCUUCCUAAUUCCAUGUGUGUAAUUUCAUAGUUUUCUUGUCUUCACUAUUAUUCUAUAAUGUAGAGAAUUGUUAAACUAAAUAAAUAUCUUUGAAUAAG